UUGCCAGUAAAUUCAUCAUAGCGGUGCAAGUUAUACGUGUUAAAUAUCCUUACUGGCUGUUGUUCGGCACAGUUUAUGUCCAUCAAUGGAAAAUGGCAAGCACUAACCAGAUACUACUUGGAUGGUGGAUGAAUCUCAGCAGUGACAUAGACAUGGUAGUGUGAGUGGUGCUGGUAGAAACACACCAGUGUGUGACUGCUGACCAGAAAAAAGUCCACUAAGCAAAUAUAUGGAGUCAGAAACAGAGCCAGAUGAAGAACAGAUAGGGUAGGAAUGCUUAAUAAAGUGGUCAAUCAAAAUGCACUGUGUUUAAAUCGACAGAAGCACUGCACUGGCUGAUAAACGCAUACCAGCACAUCAGUGCCACAUGUCAGGCUCAGUGCUGAGAAUGGACCAGCAUUCUGAGAAAUUUUCAGCAAACUGAAAUAAUAACUGGCCAGUGUGGUUGUCUUAUAGCGGCCACUAAGUGUAAUAUUUUAACAUUAAACAUAUUGUGCAUUAGCACAAGUCAACACUUUCUGCUCUUACAUCAUUUCACACGUGAAUAAUUUACACACGUGGUUUUUAGACACUUAACAUGUUACAUUUCAUGCACUUACAGUAUCACUUCCCAAACGAAUCAUUUACUUUUUCACACGCAGGUAGGGCACGUGGUUUUAUUUUUCAUAUGCGAUUUUUUAAAUCACGUGAUUCAUUAAAUUCCAAAGAUAGUUGUUCACAUGUAGGGGGUGUGAUUGUACUUUUCUGCAUGGGACUUUCUAAAAUUAUUCAUUUAUUUCGAAAGGAUAAUUUGUCAUAUGUAGCUUAGAGAAUGUUGUGGAGUUUUUUUUUUCUUCUUCCACAUGUGAUUUUCUCACGCGCAUUUUCAUGUCUUAACUGUGCACAUGCAGGGCGCGUGAUCAGGUUUUUAGGCUGUUAUAAUAUUUUUGCAUGGUGAUAAAUGCCAUUUUUUCACACGUAUGGCAUGCUGUUUUGUUUUUGCGAUGUUCUUACGUGAUUUAUUUAUUUCCCAUGUUCCUUUUUCACCUAUUCUUCCGUUUGUGUUGCGUUCACGUGGGGCAUAGUGAAAGGCGCGCGAACUCUGACCAAAGAUCGUGCCCGACGUCACGCGCUGCAUAAAUAGACCCUGCGUGUGCGCUCGAGACUCAUUUACAGACUGGCACCGAGCAGCAUUUCUGGACAGGCUUCUGCUGACCUUCCCGAGCAGAAGCUCGCGCAUCAACAAACCGCUGCACGUGCCCAGCUGUGAUGUUACAGUAGCAGCUGUACGAUACACUGUACAAACAGCUGUAUUUAUUUAUUUAUUUGCACUCGGAGUAAUGGAGUCUUUCCCCAGAGUCAGUGAAGGAACCCUGGUUUUAAACCUUUCGGGUCUGCAGCUGGCCGACUUGAACCUGGAGCACAUCACGGAGCCGCAACGCAAACAGAUCCAAGAGCUUCAGCUGACAUACAACAGCCUCGCGUUUUUCCCCACAUCCCUUUGCAUGUUUUCCAACCUGGAAUACCUGGACAUGAGCAACAACACGCUCAGUGUUUUCCCCGAGGAUAUUCUGCAACUCACUCAACUAAAGACGCUGGUCGCGAAAAACAACCAACUGGACGAGGAUUCGUUUCCGAAGCGGUUCGGUUCGAUGCCCAUCCAGACGCUGAACUUCAGCGGGAACCGAUUCCGAGAAAUACCGAAACAGUUCCUGGAACUGAGCCGACUGCAGUCUCUGUCCAUGGGAGGAAACAGAUUAAAAAGCAUCCCAGCAGAAAUAGACAACCUCACCAGGCUAGAGAUGUUGUAUCUGGGAGGGAAUCUGAUCUCUUUCAUUCCUCCUGAACUGGCUAACCUGCGCUGCCUCAGGUACCUGGUGCUGUGUGACAACUGCAUCCAGAGCAUUCCACCACAGCUAAAAAGGCUGCACUCCUUGCUGUCUCUCAGUCUCCAUAAUAACCUCCUGACAUUUCUACCACGUGAGAUCCUCAGUCUCGUGCACCUACAGGAGCUCAGUCUCCGCGGUAACCCUCUUGUAGUGCGCUUCGUCAAGGACAUGACCAAUGACCCCCCGUCCUUGCUUGAGUUGGCGGGACGGACCAUUAAAUCCCGGAACCUUCCAUACGUUGUGAGUGACCUCCCAGCCAACCUGUGCCGCUACCUGGACUCGGCCAGCAAGUGUCCCAACCCCAAAUGUGAGGGUGUAUACUUUGACUCACGAGUGCGCCACAUCAAGUUUGUCGACUUCUGUGGAAAGUUCCGCCUGCCCCUCAUGCAGUACCUCUGCUCUCCUGAUUGUAGCUCUCCCUGCAGCUCCAACCCACAGAGCGACGCCGAGUCAGAGGACGAGAGAAGAGUACCGGCAGACAGGAUGCAGAGAGUGCUGCUGGGAUAGCACAGUCUUAAAGAAUAUUUUUUAUAAGGGGACAAAAAUAGUUCUGGAUCAUUGUUGAAUGAUUAACACUGUGAGCAUGUCCAAGGACGUCCAUGACUGGACUUAAACUGGCCCGUUAAAUGACAUGAUCUACCAUUGGUCAGUCUAAGUCUGCUUGAUUUGACCCUUAAAUAUGUGUAUUUCUUCUUGGUCUGUAUUACAUUUGAUGGCUCGUUUAUGACCACAAUAGUCAUCUCGUCUAUGUCUUUGAUUUCAACAUCCCGUUAAUGGUGGCAAAGACGUCUUUUUCACAUCUUAUAAACAAACAUUUUUGUGCUUAUUAAGUUACACUGUCAGUGCUCUUGGAAAUCCUGAAAACAGCACUAAUCCAAUACAAGUGCAUUCCACUCUCUACUGGAAGGACACAGGUCAACUUUCUGAGCAAAGAACUCACGAUAAGGGUCGUCUGUGAACUGCAUUGGAUAAACACAACCACUGAUAAACUAUAUGGUCAAAAGUGUGUGGACACCUGUCCAUCACACCUAUAUGUUCCCAUUUCAAAUCCAUGGGCUUUAACACAUAGUUCGUCCACCUUUUGCUGUUAUAACAGCCUCCAAUCUUCUGGGAAAGCUAUCCACUAGAUAUUAUAACAUGGCUGUGGGGAUUUGUGCUCAUUUAGCCACUAGAGCAUUAGUGAGGUCAGGCAUUGAUGUUGGGUGAGGAGGCCUGGUGUGCAAUCGGUGUUCUAGUUCAUCCCAAUGGUGAUCAGUGGGGUUGAGGUCAGGGCUCUGUCCAGGACACUCAAGUUCUUCCAGUCCAACCUGGGCAAACCAUGUCUUCAUGGAGCUCGCUUUGUGCACAGGGGCGUUGUAAUGAUGAAACAGGUUUGGGCCCUUUAGUUUCAGUGAUGGAAAAUCUUAAUGCUACAGCAUACAGUGAUAUUCUACACAAUUGUGUGAUUCAAACUUUGUGGGAACAGUUUGGGGGAAGACCCUCGUAUGGGUGUGAUGGUCAGGUUUCCACAAAUGUUUGGCCAUAUAAUGUAAUUUAUCUGUAAUUGAAGUAUGUUUAGCUUAGCAUCAAUACAUAUAGAUCAAUACAAUGUAAAUGUUGAGUUGUUUAUGAGGGUACAAGAGUGAGAAAGACUCCAGUAAAAGAAAGAUAUGUUAAAUGGUUUGGAAUGUAGGGGGUUAAUGAUUGAUCAUUGACUAUGUAGAAAUUGAGUACCUUUCUCCACGUUGUGGGCUUUUUGUUUAUCCUGAAUUCUUAAUUCUGAUUGGUCAAAUGGUGAAGAUUAAGUUCUUUUACAGUUGUGUUGGCUGCUAGGCUUAAAUUAAUGUGAUCCUUCUAAUAUAGUAUUAUUGUUUCUAUAACAACAACAACUUGCAUGGAUGUGCCCCAACAUGAAAAACUCCAACAUGUAAUCAUUGGUAUGGUGAAGUUUUCUUGAGUAGAUGUUUAUUUAGCAUUUUGGGAAGUGUCUCCAGUGUCAGUAAGUUUUCUGACAUGGGAAAGGCCACAGGACGGAAGAGUUGGAAAAUUUGGAACACUUUGGGAAGUAGCGUUAUUGGAAAAUAAUCAACAUUGCUGUAGUAACAGUGAACCACAUCACUGUCAAGUUUUAUUCCUACUUUAGUGCAUUUCAAAGUAUUUACCUGGUUUUCUUAGAUGCAGUAAUAGCCAGUGCGUCUCCAGAGAAGCAGAGAAUAGUGACUGUGGGUUAAACUGUAACUUGGUUAAACAGCGUAACAGAUGUGUAAUUUCACAUAAUAGUUAUCAGGAGUAAAUCCCAUUUUGUACAUAGACAAUGUAGUGAACUCUUAUGUGUAAAUUUGCAAGACUGGGGUUUGUAGACUAUAACUCACACACUGAGGUCUGAGGUCAGAAGUCUGUGUGUUUUUUUCUUUUUCCAUUUACACAGUUGCUGCCAACAAAAGUCUGUACAAGGGUCAUAGACCUUGUGGACUCAUCAGAUAAACUGACUACCAUUGGCAACUCUGCUGACGAAAAUAAAUGAUCCAAAGCCAAACCCGCCAAAAAGGUAGCACUGGCGAUGAUGUAUUACAAUUACAAACCCAGUAACUAAUGCUAACACUGAUCAGAUGUGUGUUUUAGCAACACUGCUGUUAUCCUCCAGACUUGCAUGUUAUUACAGUCUUAAACCUGGCAGGCAAGUUGAAGAAAUACCUGCGUGGGAACUUUACGUAGCACUUUCUUGCACAUAUAGCAAUGUAAGCUUGUUCUGUAGAACUUGUUACUAAAUAUUCAAAUGGAAAUUUGUGGAGAAGAGACACACAGAGAGAGAAUUACACAGAAAUUGGUCUCUAUGGAGACCCAAAUGUGAACCUGAGAAUCAGGAUCCUCUGUUUUUAUGCUUUUGAUAACAUAUCAGAACUGAACUCAUUUCAGUGUAAUGAACGGCUUUAUCUCUCAGCCUGAAUACAAUGAUCUGAACAUGAUAACUGAUAACACAUUGGUAAUAAAGCAGAGAUCCUCAA